CUAGAAUUUCUUUUUUCGAAAAGUUGCGCAAAGUUGGAUUUGUUGCAUGCGCAGUUGAAUCGUGCACCGUGCACAACCAUGCACAUGUACGCUAGAUUGGACCUAUAAUACAGAGUUGGGAGAACUUGUAACGAACUGUAGUGUGCUAUUGUUUAUACAUACCACACAAAUGGAGCAAAUAUGACAGUUUCUACGACAAGCUCAUAUGCUCGGUUUAUCUCAUUGAGACGUUUGAUAAAAUUAUGCCACGAAUCGUAUAUUCAGCACCAAUGUUAUCAUAGUACACCAAAUUAUUAUAAAAUUAGGAUGACCAAGGAGCAGAUGAAAGUGAAUGAUAUGCUUAAACAUGGAAAUACAGAAACUUAUGUGCAUCCAAAAGAAAAGAAAACUGUUCCUGUGGUAAAAGUAUGGAACAAUAUAACGAUAAAACAACUGGCAACGUCUGCCAAUCGAGACGUUAAUCAGAUAAUGAAUAUUCUUAAUAUGAUGAAUGUCGGGACAUACAAUAAUCCCAAUACUGCGAUAGUAAACUUUGGUCUGGUAUGCAACAUUGUGAAAAAGUUGGGUUGUAAAACUGUAAAUGUUCCAGAGCCGAACGUAAAAGUUAUAGAAGAAAUAAAAUAUAAGGACAUUGUUAGAAGUCCUCCAGCCGAUAAAUCUGUAUUAGUAAAACGACAUCCCGUCGUAACAGUCAUGGGACACGUUGACCAUGGUAAAACUACUUUACUGGAUUCCUUACGUAAUACAUCGGUCGUUGAUACAGAAUUUGGCAGAAUUACACAACAUAUAGGUGCUUUUAAUGUAACACUGAAGUCCGGAGAACAAGUAACAUUUUUAGAUACUCCUGGACAUGCCGCCUUCACCGCUAUGAGAUACAGAGGUGCGCAUGUAACAGAUAUUGUUGUAUUAGUAGUAGCAGCCGAUGAUGGAGUGAAGGAACAAACGUUGCAAAGCAUAGAAAUGGCAAAAGAUGCGAACGUUCCAAUUAUCGUAGCUAUCAAUAAAAUUGAUAAGCCUAACGCCAACAUUAAACGAACACAACAGAUGCUCCAAGAACUAGGCAUUGUAGUCGAAGAUCUUGGCGGAGAUGUACAAUGCGUUAACGUAUCAGCUUUAAAGGGGACUAAUUUAGAUAUUUUGACGGAAGCUAUAGUCUUGCAAGCUGAAUUAAUGGGGUUAAAGGGCGAUCCUGUUGGUUUAGUAGAGGGCGUUGCUAUCGAAUGUGCUAAUCACGCGGGUCGUGGAAAAUUAGUAACAACUUUAAUUAAACGUGGAACUUUAAAGAACGGUUCCUUGUUAGUAUCAGGAUUAGCGUGGGCUAAGGUACGGAGCAUGUUCAAUGAAUUCGGUCGUCCAGUUGCGCAAGCCAAACCGUCGGAAGCUGUACAAAUAAUUGGCUGGAAAGUAUUACCUCCGGUCGGAGCUGAAAUAUUAGAAGCGAGAAGUGAGAAGGAGUUGAAUUCUGCUAUAAAAUACAGAGAAGCUCUGCACAACAAUACUAUCGCAAAGCAGCAUCACGAAGCUGCUGAUAAAAAAUAUCAGGAACAUCUCUUGGAAUAUAAACGUCUAUUGCAACAGAAGUGGAUACUCGGCUGGUUUCAUCCUAAGUAUAAAACAUUGAAGAGAACGUCCGUGAAAAACGAGAAGGAAGAACAAUUAGAAUAUAGUUGCAUUAUAAAAGGCGACGUGGCCGGCAGUGUUGAAGCAAUUUUAAAUAUUUUGGAUACGUACACGGCGAACGAUUUGUGUAAAUUAAAUAUUAUUUCUUACGGCGUGGGCCCUGUUAACGAGAGCGACGUGGAAUUAGCAGAGUCUUUCAAUGCGACUAUUUAUCGUUUCAAUGUGGUUAUACCUCGUACAAUAGAAAAUCAAGUAGUAGAAAAGAAUAUACAAAUUUGUAAUGUUAUAUACAAGCUUGUGGACACUAUCAAAGAAGAAAUUAAUAGCAAAUUACCUAAAACCGUCAUUGAAGAAACAUUAGGCGAAGCAAAUGUAAUACAACAAUUCCAGAUUAAUGAUAAAAGGAAAAAAGUGAAUGUCGCUGGCUGCCUUUGUACAAAAGGUGUUCUCCAGAAAUCUGGAAUGUACAAUUUAAUUAGGAAUAAUGAAAUUAUUUAUACAGGAAAAAUGGUGUCGAUGAGACACUUGAAAGACGAGGUGUCGAAAAUAGAAACGGACGUCGAAUGCGGUCUCAGAUUGGACAAUCCAACUCUACAAUUCCAACCAGGGGAUACUCUAGUCUGUUUCAUACUGAAAGAGGUGCCUCAAACGAUCGGCUGGAAUCCCGGUUUCUAAGUUGACAGUUUUGUACUCUCGAUCGAAUACAAAAACAAUAAUUUGUUAAAUAGAAAAUAGAAAGAAAAAUA